UUUUGUUUGUUGUUGUUUAAUUGAAGCUUCAAAACUUCUCUCCUUCUCUUCCUCUUUCUUCUCAUUUUCCACACUGAGCUGUUAAUCAUUUCCUUUACACCCCCCUCCCCACGCGCGCGCGCGCGCGCACAGAGCUCACUCUUCCCCCAAAAAAAAAGAAGGAAAGAAGAAGGGAAUCCUUCGCCAUUACAGAUCCUCCUCCGUCCAUAUAAGUAGCCCUCUCUCUCUCUCUCUCUCUCUCUGCAUUUUGUUGGGUUUUUUAUUUUGUUCCCUCCUUCUAGUGGGACUUCCCACUUUCAAGAAUUUUACAGAUUCCCAGGGGUAGAAAUUUAGGGAGAGGAACAGUGAACGAGCUUCCUGGGGAGAGAGAGAUUGUGGGUAUUUGAGCUUCAGAUCUGAGACGGAGUGAGGGUGAAGGGUUGUUCGAGGCAAUGGGUGCACCCAACUUUGUCUUCUAGUCCCAUUGUCCGUCCGUCCCCAUUUUCGCCUUGUCAAAGACCUCAAAACCUUAACCCUUUUCCCUUCCGAGCAGAACAAGAAGAAGAAGAAGAAGAAGAAUCAACUAAUCUUUCUUGUACUUUGCUCUCGGACCCCUCUUUGGGUCUAUCUGUCGAGAAGAGCGAGAGUCGUUUUCUGGGUAUUGUUUUCAUUGGAAGGAGCUGAGUUUUGGAGAGAAAUGCUGGCGAUAGGGAGCCCCGGUAUCGGCGUCCGUACAAGCACUAGCUGCAAUGCUCUGCUCACAGAGCUUCAGCAAAUAUGGAGCGACAUAGGAGAGAGUGAAGCAGAUAAAGACCGUAUGCUUUGGGAGUUAGAGAGGGAAUGCUUAGAAGUCUACAGAAGGAAGGUGGAGGAGGCCGCCAAUGCCAAGGCUCGUCUUCAUCAGUCUGUCGCUGCCAAGGAAGCGGAGCUCGCAACUCUGAUGGCUGCUCUUGGUGAACUCAAUGUUUAUUCACCGAUUCAAUCGGAGAAGAGGUCGUCAUCACUGAAAGGAAAACUUGCAUCUAUCAGUCCUCUUGUUGAAGAUCUUAGGAAGAAGAAAGAAGAAAGAAUGAAGCAAUUUGCUGACAUAAAGGCACAGAUAGAGAAGAUCAGUGGGGAGAUGUCUGAAUAUGGCUAUUUAAGCACCAAUUCAAUCAGUACCUUGUCUAUGAACGAAGAAGACUUGUCAUUAAGAAACCUUUCCGAGCAUCAAACACAUCUUCGGGCUCUCCAAAGUGAGAAGUCUGAGCGGCUUCAUAAAGUUCUGAAUUAUGUAAAUGAAGUUCAUACUCUCUGCGGUGUGCUCGGAAUGGACUUUGGCAAGACUGUGAGUGAGGUGCAUCCUAGCUUGCAAGGCACAAGUGGGGAGCAAAGCACCAAUAUCAGCAAUGCCACACUUGAAGGUUUAGAACAGUCCCUUCUCAAGUUGAAAGCAGAACGCAAGGCUCGGAUCCAGAAGGUAAAAGACAUUGUGGGCUCACUUUUCGAGCUAUGGAAUUUGAUGGACUCCCCGAACGGGGAUCGGAAUAACUUUUCAAGGAUUGCUUCUGUUCUUGGAUGUUCAGAAUCUGAAAUCGAAGAACCGGGUGUUCUUUCGACAGAGAUCAUUGAGCAGGCAUCUGCUGAAGUGGACAGACUCACUAAAUUGAAAGCGAGCCGAAUGAAAGAACUCGUCAUGAAGAGGAGGUCAGAACUAGAAGAUAUUUGUCGAAUGGCCCACAUUAUUCCUGAUAAUAGCACUGCUGCUGAGAAGUCCAAUGCCUUGAUAGAUUCCGGUCUAGUAGAUCCCUCGGAGCUUUUGGCAAAUAUCGAAGCUCAGAUUGUCAAGGUGAAGGACGAGGCUAUGACCAGGAAAGACAUAAUGGACCGAAUAGACAGGUGGCUCGCUGCCUGUGAGGAGGAGAACUGGCUCGAAGAAUAUAACCAAGAUGAUAAUCGUUAUAAUGCGGGGAGAGGGGCACAUAUCAACCUCAAAAGAGCAGAGCGAGCUCGGAUUACUGUUACCAAAAUUCCUGUAAUGGUUGAUAAUCUAAUAAACAAAACACUGGCAUGGGAAGACGAGAAAGGAAUAAUGUUCCUUUAUGAUGGCGUAAGGCUAGUCUCAAUACUGGAUGAUUACAAGAUCAGCAGAAGACGAAAGGAAGAGGAGAAGAGGAGAAACAGGGAUCAAAAGAAGCUCCAGGACUUACUCCUGACGGAGAAGGAAUCGAUUUACGGUUCCAAGCCCAGCCCCAGGAAGAGCAACAGCUUCAGGAAGGCCAACGGCUACUCCACAAAUGGGAACGGGUCCAUGACUCCUAUGCCUCGACGGAGAUCAAUUGGGAAUGGGACCCCCGACACUCCAAGAUCCUACUCAGGUCGGCAGAAUGGAUACUACAAGGAGAUGAGAAGGCUGUCCACUGCCCCAUUGAACUUCGUGGCCAUCUCGAAAGAAGAUGCCAUGUCCUCAUACACAUCCAUCUGUGGUUCUGAACCAGACUCGCCUCGACAAGUUUGAAAGCUUUUGACUUAUGAACGGAGUUAGCCUACCUUUUCAUGCAAAGUUGGAGUGACACUGUAGUGGGAGUGAAGGAGCAGAGUGACUGUUAUAGUGGGAGUUAAAAGAGCACGGAGAAGUAAACCGCUGUGAAUAUCGAAAGGGUAAGUUGUACACUGUAGUGGGAGUGAUUUGUAAUUUCUUGUCUGUGAUUUUAGCUUUCGACAGUUUGAGGAUUUGUGGAAAGUGUAAGAAGCAGCAGAAGAAUCAGUACUAGUGUGACACAGUAAUUUGUGAUGUUUUUUUCUUUUUUUGGGAGUGGUCAUGUACAUAUUUCACAUUGGCUAUCUUGUCAGCAACAAGAUUGCAACUGAAUUUUCCAUCUAUGGGGCUUGUUCGGUUUGUGAACUGC